CCGUCGAGCGGAGAAGGUGUGUUUUUCGGGUCGUGUGAAACGUUUUCAGUUUCAUUAGAACGCGUAGAAGGGUAGAAAAUUUAGAAAAAUAAUUGCAUUGUUUCGCUCCUUGUCUACUGAUAUUCUCUCUUCCUCACGCGUGCUUUAGUGAGAGGGUGGUUGGUUAGUCGGUUCGAAAAAAAAAACGCUCUUGUGAAGGGGGGAGGUGAAAACUUGGUUGAUCAAGUGAUGAAGGUGGUUUUUAGGAAGGAAGAAAACGAAGAAUAUUAAGCUAGUGGAGCCUCAUCAACGGUCGUUGAGAGAAACGGUGGAAGACACGUAUGUAAAUUGAAUGAAUAUGCGCUGCUAUAGAGCGAAAACCGAUUUUCGGCUCGGUGUGCGGAGAGUUGUUAUUGUGCUCACAUAUGGGUGGGUAACCGGGCCGAGCUCUAUGGACUUGGGUCUGAAUCGGUAUGCAUUGUAGUGGCCUGGUGGUCAGAAGUGUCCAAUGCAAUACACUUCAGCUUUGCUUGAUGAAUUUAAAAUGCAAUCAAUUAAUAUGUGGAUUUAUACCUGGAGAAGCAUCAAAGGCGAAAAGGUGUACUAGCAUGAGUUGAAAUGUUUAUUUCCUUGUCACUCCUAAGUGGUGCCGAUCUCGAGCAGCAUAAAUAGAUCGAAUAAUCAAACGAGUGAGUGUCUUCCGAUAUGCGGGCGCUCAUGACUGCGUCAGUUUAGGUGAAAAGAAAUAACAUACGAGUGAGAAUUUGCGAUCAGUUCUAAGCUAGUUAUAUAUCGAGCAAAAAAUGAUUUUUAACUUCAUUGCAAGGUGUGUAUCACAUGUGUGAAUAAGGUAUACGCCGAUAAAUAGAAGUGUACAGUGAGAUACGCAUACGCAUGCAUCCAGUUGGAUUAUUACCAAUUUCUUUGUGAAUACUUUUAAGGGAUUAAAGAAGCCUAGCAUAAAUUAUGGAUAUCAAGGUUGUUGGAGCAGCAUGUGGCUUUCACGGUCCGUACACAUUCUACAAGGGUGUUAAAAUCACAUUUUGCGGUUCAGAAUCCGCACCAGCGACAGGAACUGGCACGUCCUGCUCGUCGACAUCGAUACCGUCGUCGUCGUUAACGUCUGCAGCCACACCAUUGUCAUCCGCGACGGGAACGGUGCAAUCUGUGGAACCAUUUAGUCAAAAACAGAACACCUCCAAACCUAGUGGCAGCUACAGCGGCGGUGCUGACAUCAGCACUAGUGGUAGUAAUAGCAGCAGUAGUAGUCCCAACAACAAAGUUCAAACCAGCACCAGCUCGAAGCCAAAACAGACGCAUCGAAAAUGUGUCAGUGAAAAUAGCAGCUCCCCGACCGGUGUGAAUAAUUUAUGUAAUGCCUCGACAACGGCAACAGCAAAAGAAAUCCCACGACCGAUGGUACUGGCCUUGGGUGAUUGCUUUCCGGUGCGACCUUGGUCGGAUUCACCGAUUGAGUGCCUCGCGGAACUGCGGAUGGUCUGGAGAGAUCGAAACGAACAGUGUUUACUGUUAGCCCUACGAUUGUACUUUCUACCGGAAAAUACACCAUCUGGAAGAAACUGCCACGGAGAGGAUGAAGUGCUGGCCAUUUCCGACAAAGUGAUUCUCCGGGCGGACGAUCUGCUCACCUGGAUUGCGGCAGACCUCCAAUGGAACUGGGGUCUUCGGACGGCGUACAACAAACACAACGCCAAAGAUUCCAUGUGCACAGCCCGGUUUCUAAGCAAAAACGCCUCCUUAGACUUUACCGACGUCGACAAGGAAAAGCAUUCUGUCGAAAACAAUGCCUCUAAAGUGGCAGUUCUUAGCUUUUCACGCUACUGCCGCUAUCGGGCCGUGCUGAAGCGGCUGGAGGGUGUCAAUGAUGACUGGCUGCGAAACACGCUGGUACAGACGCUCAGUGGUUUUGUGGUCACCACACCCAAGUUGCGCGUUAUGUUCUGCAAGGACACCUUCGACUAUCCUGAGCUAGAAACACACGAACUGCUAUGUAAUCAUCUGGCGCCCAAGUUGAAGGGACGACCGCGCGGUAAGCGAAAGAACACCCCCUCUGACUCGUCAUCGCAAUUCGUGAAGAAGGAAGGUAACUCGGAAGAAAGCGAAACCAACGAUUCUGAUGUGUCUGACUAUUCGUACAACAAGGCUUCUCCAUCCAAGAAAGUGGGUCUUCAGUCGACACCACGCUACAAUCCCCGACCAGCGCGGGCCUCACAUUCGAAACUAGCAGCGACAGACCCCAUCGCUAUACCAACCGUGCCUCUGCCGGUACCACUGGUCUUCAAACCGGUCCGGAUUAAGUCUAAGCUAGGACGUCCACGCAAGUCAAAGGCUGGCCGGAAACCCAAAGCUGCCAAGUUGCUUAUGGAGCAAAAGACCGACCAAGAGAGCGGCGUGGAGGACGAAAGUAUUCAAGAUCAAGAGGUGAAAGCUGCUGAGCGCGAGCCCGAUGGUGAAAUUCAAACAGAUAUUGUUGAGGAGCAGGCGAUAGAAGACAAUUUAUUCAGAUUCAACGAAGGUAUGGCCGCCGACGAGCGAGACUUUUUGCAGCGGUUGCAACAAUUUCUGGACGAAAAGGCGCUUGCUUAUGCAAACAACCAGGCGACAUCUCUGAAAGACGUUAAAUUAUACCUCAUCUACACUCGUGUUCUAAACAUGGGAGGCUAUAGUGAAAUUAGCAAUAAGGAUAAAUGGAAUCAAAUACUGAGUGGGACUGGGGGUGAAAACGGUAUUAUGAGUAGGCGAAAGUAUGAAAAGAUACUAUUGCCGUAUGAGAAACACCAGCAAGAAAUCGCCGAGGCUGUGAAAAAGGAGAUCGAGGAGCAGGAACAAGCUACCCAUGAAAGCCAAAUUUCACCAACACCGUACGAAUACGACUCGAAAGAAGGCAUCAUCGAGGUGAAAGUAGAAAAGGUAGAAAUCAACGAACCAGAAAUUUCCGUGAAGGUUGAACGCAAGAAAGAUAAGGAAAAUAAAGAAUCAACGCCUCUUGUCUCGGAAGAGAUAUCGGUGAAAAAAGAACCUGACGCAAAGCUAGCAAUUGAUGCCAGUAAAGAUGAGUCACCCGAAGUACAAAGUAAAGUUAGAGGAAAAGCCCUAUCUCCACUACUGGAGAACAACAAUAGUAAUAGCAGUACGGUGACUGGUAGUCCGAAAGGCGUACACUUGGGGAUGUCUCCAGUAUCUGUUCCGUUGACCGUAAUUGUUCGUCCCAAUAUCGAUGAAAAAGAUCCACAAUCAUCUCAGAUACAAAUAAAUCAACCACAUACAACCAUUACGGUUCACCAGACCACUAUUCAUCCUCAGGGCAAUCAACAACCAAAUAGUCAACAAAUCAGUGGACAAAGUCCCCAGCAUAUAACGAAUCAAAUUCAAAUCACAAACCAGAUCCAGAUUCAACAAAUCACAGUGCAAUCAAGUGACAAAAGUUCCAAUGGUGGACAAAAUGAAAGCCCUCAGUUCAAAUAUAGCUUCAAGCAGGAUAAAUCUGGUCAGGAAAUUAAUAUAGAAUCUCCUCCUACUGAUGGUUCAAAAUCAAAUUUCGAAAAUAACAUAAGCACCACGUUGUUCCCACUGAAUUGUUCAGCCAAUACGGAUCCGGACCUAACUAUCAAGGAAGUAUCCGUAUGUCCCACUAGUGGCACAGUGUCGAUUAGUACUUCCAGUACAAAUCCUCCUAGUGGAGCUAGCGCGCCAUCUAAAACUUCUUCAUUACGCCAUGUGCGUAUGAAAGCCGAUCGUAAAGUAGUGCCUAACGCAUCAACUGUAACCCCAGGUGCAUCCGGGAAACCAUUUGAAAAGGAAAAUAUUUCACUGUUUAGUGGAGGAACGAGUCUCUUUGGAGGUCAAAGCCUUACAACCAUUACUCCUAUCGCUUCAAGUUUGCUCGGUGGUGUGGCUGGAAUGGCAGCCAUUGCUGGAUUGGCUUCCGGUUUAAGUGGAAACCCUGCUGGCUCAGGGACUAGUGGUGGUAAUUGUUCACCUAGAACAAACAUGCAGACCCCCACAGAAGUAAUUGACCUCGUAGACAGCGAUAAUGACAGUGAUUCGUCUAGUCCAACAAAUCCUCCUAAUCCAACUAACACAGCCAAGCAGGCUGGUUUAUCGAUACGUCCAAUUCCAUCUCUAUUGCCUCCGAUGAAGAAACGGAAGUUAGAUAUCUUGCGCGAGGGUGGCCUUGAAGUAACACCAAUAUCUAAUGGAACAAGCAUUUUCUCUGCUAUUACACAGCACAGCCCAAAAUCUAGCCCAAAUCCGAUGCGCAUAAACAUCACAGCUGAAGUAAGUCCGCAACGUGGGAAGCAACCUGACGAUGCCCGACCACGUGAAAGAAAGUACAUCCCAACUCCGAUUGAGUGUCAGACUCAAGGCUGUACGCAAAGACUGGACAAAUCUUUGGCAACCCGAAGGAAAUUCCUAUUAUUCCCACAGUUCCAGUGAGAACGAAUUCAGCUGCGGGUGUAACAGAUUUGCUCGAUUUGACAGGGAACCCAUUCGCUGGAGUUGAAAAUCUGUCUGCCAAAACACACACAAGUUUUGAUUUUUUGUCUUCAUCAUCACGUCAACGAGCCUCGGCAAAU